GACAAAUUAACCAUCCAACUAGAGGAAAGAAGCCCAUGACCCCCAUUAUAUCCUCCUCUCAAACUUUUCAUCUAUAUAUGUGAGAGAGAUGUUAGCUCCAAUCCCCACACCAAGAGAACAAUGACAAAUCUUCCCUCCAUUUUACUUCUCUUCAUCAUAAUAGCUCACGCACCCUUUCUUCAUGGAUCUACGUCGAGAGACUACGCAACCUACAUUGUUCAUAUGGACUUAUCGGUCAUGCCACAGGCGUUCGCCAACCAUGAUGGCUGGGCCACUCUUGACUCCAUCGACGCUGUCCCUGGCCUUGUAUACGUCUAUAACGACGCCCUUCAUGGAUUCAGCGCUCGUCUCUCACAAUCUCAGCUCGAACGACUGAAGAAGUCGCAUGGUUACUUGUCGUGUUAUCGCGAUUUACAAGUCAAGAAGGACACAACACACACCUCUAAGUUCCUGGGCCUGAAUGCAGACUCGGGGAUUUGGCCCGUGUCUAAUUACGGCGAGAACGCCAUUGUUGGUGUGAUCGACACUGGGGUCUGGCCCGAGAGCGCUAGCUAUCGAGAUGAUGGCAUGAGCCCAGUACCAUCGAGAUGGAAGGGUAAGUGCGAGAAAGGCACUCAGUUCGUUUCCUCGAUGUGCAACAGAAAACUGAUCGGUGCUCGUAGCUUCAAAAAGGGUCUCAUAGCCAACAACCCAAAUGUCACCAUCACAAUGAACUCGCCGCGUGACACAGAUGGUCAUGGGACCCACACGUCUUCGACUGCGGCGGGGAACUAUGUGGAUGUGUCGGGUGCGUCCUUCUUCGGGUACGGACCCGGAAUAUCUCACGGCGUCGCGCCCCGAGCCAGAGUUGCCAUGUACAAAGUUCUGUGGGAGGAGGGGGCUUUUGCCUCAGACAUCGUUGCAGGCAUUGAUUCUGCGAUAUCUGAUGGCGUAGACGUAAUUUCGAUAUCUCUCGGCAUGGACGGACUCCCUUUGUAUCGUGAUCCCGUCGCGAUAGCAACAUUCGCGGCGAUGGAGAAGGGGAUUUUUGUGGCAACUUCAUCAGGUAACGAAGGCCCGUAUUUAGGGCUAUUGCAUAACGGGUCACCGUGGGUUCUAACGGUCGGGGCGAGCACCGUGGAUCGUACAUUUUCAGGCAUACUCGACCUCGGCGAUGGCACUUCCAUUGUCGGGCAGUCAAUUUAUGUCGGAGGCCCGAGAAUUUUAAAAAACUUGACCCUUGUGUAUCUAGGGUCAUGCACUGAUAAAUCCUCACUACAGAAGGCUAGCCACAAGAUUGUAGUGUGUGAUGACAGAGAAUCACUUGAAGUUGUUACUGACAGUGUUAAAUCAGCCAAAGUGGCUGCUGGGAUCUUCAUAUCAAAGGACCCUUUCUUAGAGUACUAUGUUAGGUUCACAAGACCAGGUGCUAUCAUAAGCCCUGAAGCUGGGUUAUCCAUUUUGAAGUAUGUGAACCGGAGCUCGAACCCGAAAGCUACUUUGAGGUUUCAAGAAACCAUCCUGGGCUCAAAACCUGCACCAGUUGUGGCUACUUAUACAUCCAGAGGUCCAUCAGGAAGCUGCCCUAAUGUUCUAAAGCCAGAUAUCGUAGCUCCAGGUUCACUGAUUCUAGCAUCUUGGUCACUAAAUGUAUCAGUAGGAGUCGACGCUGAAUCGAAAGUACUGUAUGAUUCUUUCAACAUAAUUUCAGGUUCGUCUAUGUCAUGUCCUCACGCUGCUGGGGUCAGUGCGCUACUGAAAAGCGUGCAUCGAGACUGGAGUCCAGCAGCUAUUCGAUCCGCGAUGAUGACAACGGCCAAUUCUUUGGACAACACAUUAAAGCCAAUUACUGAUAUGGGGAAUAAAAAUAGGCCUGCGACGCCACUAGCUAUGGGCUCGGGACAUGUUGAACCUAACAAGGCACUUGACCCUGGACUCAUUUAUGAUGCAGGGCCUAAAGACUACUUGAGGCUCUUAUGUGCCAUGAACUUCACCAAGGAGCAAGUAGUUAUGGUCGCUAGAUCCUCCUCUUUCGAUUGUUCUGGUGCGUCUUUGGACCUUAACUACCCUUCGUUCAUCGCAUUUUUCAAUGUCCGAGUGUUUAGAAGAACAGUGACUAACGUAGGUUCGAUCACAACCUACAAUGCUAAGGUGGAGACGGUGAGGGGGUUCUCUGUGAAUGUCGAGCCAAAAACAUUGGUGUUCAAGAAGAAGUACGAGAAGCAAAGCUUCACUCUAACUCUUGAAGGCCACAUGGGAGUGAAACAAGACGAGGUGGCUCACGGCUCAUUGAGUUGGGUGGAUGAGCAAGGGAAGUACGUAGUUAGGAGUCCAAUUGUUGCGACAUCUUUCACCUCGUAGAGUUUGUAAAUGAGUAAAUGUAAUAAGAAGUUAGCAUUGUUAUAUCGUACUGCACAUUUUCUACAAAUGAA